AGUUAUGAUACGAAGAAAAGCUAUUUCAACUUUUUCGAAGAUAACUUACUAUAAAAGGCCAUUAAAUUUUUUAUUAUAUUCUAAUAUAGUUCCAAAACCAAAAAUAAAUUUCGUACGAAGACAAGUUUAUUUUUCCACACAAUCAAAUGUUAAAGGAUUUGCUAGCCAAGUAGAGGUAGAAGAGGAAGAAGUUGAGGAAAUAGAUAGAUCGUUAUAUCCGGAACUUUUUCCAGAACAUAAUGACAUGGAUGACACUUGGUUUGUUGAUCCAGCUUAUGAAAAUCCACAAGAAAGUGAUUUCGUACCGUUAUGGCAAAGAAGAGCAAAUUCACUUUCAGAUAAACUUCCCGAUGUAAAAAUGAAUAGUGAUGAUCAUCAACGAACGAAAUUUUUGGAAAUUAUAAGAUUGUUGGAGGAAGAAGGUGUAGAGAAUAUAACUGUAAUUGAUGUAAGGCAAAAAUGUGAUUUUACUGAUUGGAUGAUAAUAGGUGAAGGAAAAACUACGAGACAUUUAGGUGGAGUAGCAGAUGGACUUUAUAAAAUGUUGAAAAAUGAAAUACAAAUCCAGAAUUCAAAUUCAGCAGACUCUUUAUUACAAAGUUAUCCAAUUAUUGAAGGACGUGAUUCAGAAGAUUGGAUAUUGAUAGAUACAGGAUUAAUUUUUGUACAUCUUUUUACUUCUGAAGCAAGAAAAUAUCAUAAUUUAGAAGAUUUAUGGGAAAAAAUUCCUUCAUAUUCUUCUAAAGAUGAAUUUAAAAGUAUUACCAAUGAAAUGGUUAAAGAAUUUAGAGAAUUUAAUCCUAAAUUUGCUAAAAAUCCUUCUUUGUCAUUUGAAUUAAAAUAAUAAAAACAAC